GAAAUGCACGAGCUGAGCGCCAGUCUUGUUGCCAUUCCCAAAUCUCCAUUCUCAGGCGGUCAAGGGUUUUCGUCAGUUUCAAUUCUCCGGCAAGGGAUUUAUAAUUGGGUUUGAAGCAUAAGAACAUGAAUUUCCUACUUGGAGCUUUUAAGCCUGCAUGUAUUAUAUCAAUCUCCUUUGCUGAUGGCAAAACCCGCAAGCAGGUCCCAUUGAAAAAGGAAAGUGGGCAAACAGUUCUGGUGCCUCUUUUCCAGAGCCAAGAAAAUAUUGCUGGCAAGAUCUCUAUAGAACCAGUUCAAGGCAAGAAAAUUGAACACAAUGGUGUGAAAGUUGAGCUCCUUGGUCAAAUAGAGAUGUAUUUUGACAGAGGAAACUUUUAUGACUUUACUUCACUCGUGCGUGAAUUGGAUGUUCCUGGUGAAAUGUAUGAAAGAAAAACGUAUCCAUUUGAAUUUUCUACUGUUGAAAUGCCAUAUGAAACAUAUAAUGGAGUGAAUGUGCGCCUCAGGUAUGUCUUGAAAGUGACUAUUAGUCGUGGAUAUGGUGGAAGCAUAGUGGAAUACCAGGACUUUGUGGUCCGCAACUAUUCUCCUCCUCCAUCAAUAAACAACAGUAUCAAGAUGGAAGUUGGAAUCGAAGACUGUCUGCAUAUUGAGUUUGAGUACAAUAAAAGCAAGUAUCAUCUGAAAGAUGUUAUUAUUGGCAAAAUAUAUUUCCUUCUUGUAAGGAUCAAGAUUAAAAAUAUGGACCUUGAGAUUAGGCGCAGGGAGUCAACAGGAUCAGGUGCCAAUACUCAUGUCGAGACAGAAACACUGGCCAAAUUUGAGUUGAUGGAUGGUGCGCCAGUGAGAGGGGAAUCAAUACCAAUCAGGCUAUUUCUUAGCCCCUACGAACUCACACCAACACAUCGCAACAUUAACAACAAAUUCAGUGUGAAGUACUACUUGAAUCUUGUUCUAGUUGAUGAAGAGGACCGCCGGUAUUUCAAACAGCAGGAAAUUACAAUUUACAGGCUGCAGGAAAAUUCAUGAAUUAAGUGUAAUAAUCAAAGUGGCGUUGCAUCUGUUGAAAAGAGAAUGGGAGAUCAACUGCCUUAUCAACUCUUGUAAAGGCUUGAAGUUUAGAUUAAAAACACUAGAGCUUAUGAGCAACUAUAUUCCUAUUUCUUAGAAAGGGCUGAGGUGGCUCCCUAUACUUUUGCUUGAUUGUCAACACUCGGUAGUGUCUCAAAAUUGUUAAAUUUAUGUACAUGGUUAUGUAGUGUUCUGGGGAUUCAUUAGCCAUUUUGAUAGGUUCUUGAACAGAUUCAUUUGUGUUAGACAUCGUGACUUCAGUUACAUCAAUAUUGAUUCCAUGUGUUGUUCUAGAUGAUCCCCGCUAAGUUCUAUUGUUCUUGAACUCUGUAAUUUGAUAAUUUACCUUAUUGUUUUUGCAAUAAUUCCCUUUGAUAUGC